CACUCUCACUCUCUCUCUCUCUCUAUCUCUCUCUGUAUCUGUAUCUGACUCCCGACACUGUUUCAGAACCCGACAAAAGCAAAGCAACCUCUGCCUCCUUCUUCUCACUCUCUCCUCAGUGGCUCUACCCGUAAUAUACCCCAAAACUUUUCCUCUUUCUCAAACCACACACACACGCCACUUCCUUUUAUUUUUCUUGCAGACAAGAGAGAAUGAGAAUGAUAUCGCACUUCACUUCCACCCCUUCAAACCCCUUUCCUCUCUAAUGGACAACGUGGUGAUGCCUCUCUACAAGCUCCAAGCUCGCGGCAUAAUUUAGACACUUUUUUUUUUCUUGCUAAAGCCUUUACUUUGCUCUCUCGCUUUCUCUCUCCACUUUACUUUGGUUUUUUGUUUUUCUUUCUCUCUCUACACCUUCCUCUGCCGGAGGAUGGCAUGCCGGAAACUCGUCGCCGGGAACUUGGAUCCGCAGAGGAAGAGGAGUGGCGGGUUGAGAACGAAACAGGCGGGGAGAGGAUCGUGCCGUGGUAGUUAGGUCUCCGAAUCUGAACUCGCCGGAAAAAUGAAACCUUUCCGGCUUUGAUGCUCACCCUUUUGUUUUUUUUUCUGUUCGUGCAUGCUGUUGUGAAUCUUACGUUAAGUGAACUCUCGAGAGAGGAUUUGUGAAAGAUGGGUUUUUUGUUGAAAGAAGCUUUGAAAACUCUCUGCGGUAGGAAUCAGUGGUCUUAUGCUGUGUUCUGGAAGAUCGGUUGCCACAAUUCCAAGCUAUUAAUCUGGGAAGAAUGCUAUUAUGAACCUUUACCAUGCCCUCCUCGUAUGUUUGGAAUGCCUGAUUUGCCUUACCAAAAUGGCGAAGGAUGCUGGUUUUCUUUGGAGUCUCAGUCAUCUCAGCUCGGGAUUCAAGAGGAGGACCGAGUCUGUUCUUUGAUUAACAAAAUGUCUGUAAACAAUUCAGUUAUCAUUGCAGGUGAAGGUACAAUUGGACGGGCUGCAUUUACGGGCAGCCAUCAGUGGAUUCUUUUGAACAAUUUCACUAAAGAUGCAUAUCCACCAGAGGUAUACGCUGAAGUGCAUCAUCAGUUUUCAGCUGGAAUACAGACAGUAGCAGUUAUUCCUGUGCUGCCUCACGGGGUUGUUCAACUUGGUUCUUUCUUGCCUAUAAUUGAGAAUAUGGGAUUUGUGAAUGAUGUUAAGAGCUUGAUCUUGCAAUUGGGAUGUGUUCCUGGUGCCCUUCUAUCCGAAGACUAUUCAGCUAAAAACUCUGUCAAAAGACAUGUUGAACCUGCUAUUGCUGGUGUACCUGUAUCUAUUGAUCUGCCUGUCAUCACCUCAAAUUGCACUCCCUCAGUAACUAAUGGCUCCAACCAACAAAGUAGUUCAUCUUAUGCUUCAAGACCUUUUGUUCAAACACUUUGUCCUCUAAAGGCAGAGAUAAAUACUUCCCAAGGUUUUGCAUUGACACCUGAAACUCGUAUACUGAAUCAGAUAUCCAAUAACCCCUGCCUACCAAAGGUUAUUCCAAUUAGUAAAACAAGCUUUGCUGGCCAACGAGAGAAUAGAGUUGUGGAAGCUGAAGUGAUACCCUCAAUUCUUGAUUCAUGCCUGCAGCAGCAUUCUGCUUCAUAUAAUGCAAGAUCUGCAUUGAAUAACUUAACUUGUUCUGGUUCUUUUGGCCAAUCUGGUCUAAGUGAUGAUAAUCUAACAUAUAUGGAACAACAAAUCAUAUCAGCCAUUGGGAAUCGAGAUAAUGUUAAUCCUUGUUUACGUGCAUCAAGUACUUUAAACAUGUCCCAACUAAAAACAGAUGGAGGCCAUAUACAUGGACACUAUCUGGGUUCUGGCAGUACUUCAUUACUUGGAGGGACUCCAACACAUGGUGGGAUGAGUACACUUUUGAGGUCAAAUCUGAUCACUAGUUCUGGUUCAAAAUCUCCCCAAGCAUCCACUACUGAUUUAUCUGGAGUAGAAGUUGGGAUUGGACUUCAAAAUUGUGAUUCUUCAACUAAAGCAAGGAGUUGUUCGUUUGCAAAUUUGACUAAUCAAUCAGGCACCUUUCCCAUGCAUGUAGAAGGUUCUGAUCAGAAGAUUCUCCCAGUAGAUCUAAAGUGUGCUUCAACAAAUCAAAAGAUGGAUUAUGAUUUGCUUCAGACCCCUAACCUGCCCUCUUUUCAUGCUGAGGAGCAUGUGCCCAUUAGUGGUCAAAUCCCUGGUCUUGCCAACGAUUGCCUUCAUAAAGAUGGUAGUAGCCAAUCUAUGAUGACAAUGAAUCCUAAGCUCAAACUAUCUUGUGCUAAACCUCCAUCAGGUGAUGACCUGUUUGAUGUUUUAGGGAUGGAUUUGAAACACAAAUUGCUGAAUGGAAACUGGACUAAUCUCUUAGCUGAUGAAUCAGAUGCUAAUGCAGAAAAUGUGGACAAAAAAGUAGCACCUAUGAACAUGCAGAGUGCAGCAACAGAUCCGGAUAUUUAUUCAGUUAAAGAGGCAAUGUCGUACAGUGGCAUCUUUUCUGGGAUGGGAACAGACCACCUCUUGGAUGCUGUGGUCUCCAAAGCCAAGUCUGUUGUAAAACAGGAUUCUGAUGAAAUGUCUUGCAGGACAACAUUGACAAGGAAUAGUACCUCCUCGGUUCCCUCUCCUUCCUGUAAGCCAGUUAUGUCUGGUCAUGUGCAACGGGGAUUGUUUGAUUUUCCUAAGAAUGGUGGUAAAACAGGUGCCACAGAAACUAGUUUUCUUAGGUCGGGAUGUAACAAGGAUGAUGCUGGAAACUGUUCUCAAACUAGUUCUGUUUAUGGCUCUCAACUUAGUUCAUGGGUUCAGAAUAGUGGGAGUGGUGUGAAACGUGAGAAUAGUGUUUCAACUGGAUACUCAAAGAGGCCAGAUGAAGCUUGCAAACCAAAUCGUAAAAGGCUUAAACCAGGAGAGAAUCCCAGGCCUCGACCAAAAGAUCGCCAAAUGAUUCAAGAUCGCGUGAAAGAGUUGCGAGAAAUUGUGCCAAAUGGAGCAAAAUGUAGUAUAGAUGCACUUUUGGAACGGACCAUUAAGCAUAUGCUUUUCUUGCAAAGUGUGACAAAGCAUGCUGACAAGCUGAAGCAAACAGGGGAGUCUAAGAUUAUUAAUAAGGAAGAUGGGCUGCUUUUGAAAGACAAUUUUGAGGGAGGGGCUACAUGGGCAUAUGAAGUUGGCUCACAAUCAAUGGUUUGCCCUAUUAUAGUCGAGGAUCUGAAUUCUCCUCGUCAGAUGCUUGUGGAGAUGCUUUGUGAGGAGCGAGGCUUCUUUUUGGAAAUUGCUGACUUAAUCAGAGGAUUAGGUUUAACCAUCUUGAAGGGGGUAAUGGAAUCUCAAAAUGACAAAAUCUGGGCACGCUUUGCUGUUGAGGCAAACAGGGAUGUAACAAGGAUGGAAAUAUUCAUGUCACUCGUUCGUCUUUUGGAGCAAACAGUGAAGGGCAAUGCAUCUUCCUCCAAUGCAAUUGAUAACAUGAUGGUGUAUCACUCUUUCCCACAGAUGGCAGCAACUAGAAGGCCUAGUAGUUUGCAAUGAACCCACCUGUUACAUGGUUUCUUAGUGUGGAUGUGUUGAGAGCAAGUGUGGUUUGUGCUUGCCAUGACUGACAUCAAAUCCAACCUAAGAUUUCAGGUGGUCUUAACUUUGUCUAACUGUUUUACAUGUUAUUUUGAAAGGGAGUGUGUAGGUACUAGGUAGUGGAGAUCAUGUCAAGAUAAAAUAUAUGUAUUCCCAAGUUGUAACUGAAUGUUUCCUACAUAAUGUACACUGUGAUGACUUGCAUCCAUUUUUUGUUUUUUUUUAAUUGUGUGGGGUUAUUACCAAAGCAGUUGGUACUUGUGAUUAGAUGUAUAGAUAUUGUAGGAUAAGGAAAGAAGGUUUCAUCUGCUCAUUAGCUUGGUAUACACUUUCCUCUUUGCCCUUUUACUUCUGUCUUUUAUUGGGGUUGUGAAUUUGGAAGUUUUUGUACCAUGUUAUAUAUUAUAAGUUCUACUUGUGAAGUUGUGGUUUGUACAUUAGUGUAAACAGUGCUCAGGGGUGCAUUCGUAUU